AUGAAGGAAAACGUUCUUACCAUCGAAUAUGUUGAAUCAUUGCUCCCACCAGCCCCAUUAUCAUCUUUUCAACACGAUGAUUGGAUAAGUGCAGUAGAAAGUUAUAACCAGAGCUUGUUUUUGACCGGUUCGUAUGACAACAAUGUUCGUAUAUUUAACACGUCAGGAGAAUGUCUGCAAACCCUUGUUGGACAUUUAGCACCAAUUAAAAGUGUCUCUUGGGUCUCUGUCUCAGAUGUUAAUGCUGUUUGCCUAUCGGCAUCACAAGAUCGAACUGUUCGAGCUUGGCAGGUCUCAUUAAUAGACAGGGGAUACAAAGUAUUAUACGAGUGUAAAGGACACACUGGUAGUAUUGAAAGCGUUUCAGUUCAUCCUUCUUGCACUGAGUUCGCGAGCGCAUCAUGGGAUUCUUCGAUUUUACUUUGGUCAACAGAUAAGUCGAAAGAAAAUGAUCAAGACUUUUUUGAAAUAUCUUCAAAAAAAAGAAAAUUAAAUGUGGAUAUCAAAAUUAAGAAGCCGAUCGCAACCAUGCAUGGCCAUGUUGGUCCUGUGUCUUCUGUUAUUUUUGACACAAAAGAUCAUAACAAAAUGUAUAGUGGGGGAUGGGAUCAUUCUUUAAGGGUUUGGGAUAUCGAAUCAAGGACCAAUGUUGAUACAAAGAACUGUGAUAAAUCAGUACUUGAUAUUGCUUAUUCAGAAAAAUCGAGAUUAAUUGCAUCUGGUCAUUCUGAUCAUGUUGUUAGAUUGUGGGAUCCGCGUUCUGAAGACACAGCUGUUGUCAAGUUGGCGCUUGCAUCUCACAAGAAUUGGGUAUCAUGUGUUUCGUGGUCUCCAAAUUCGCAGUUUAUGCUUGCUAGUGGGUCAUAUGACAACUCUCUUAAAAUAUGGGAUAUUCGCAGCAAAACACCUUUGUAUACUUUGCAACAAAACUUGAAAGAAAAAGAAAAACCUGACUGUAAGAUAUUUUGUGUGAAUUGGGAUUCCGAUGUUAUUUUGAGUGGCGGAGAAGACAAUAAGUUGCAUAUCUAUAGUUCCAAAAAAAUUACAUGA